GCCAUGUAGGUAGGUAGGUACGCUGUGCGUGUCACGUGUCGCGUCGCCCGGUCGCGCCGCUCGUCGUCCUCCCACCGCCCGCGCCGCUCGUCGUCCUCCCACCGCCCGCGCCGUUCGUCGCUCUCCCGCCGCCCGCGGCAUACCGCGGCAGCUUGCGACCAUUCAGUUGAGUCAAUACGAUUACUAGGACUGCACGUGAUCAAGUUUUUGAUACCAAAUUUUAAAACUCGAAAAUAAGCUAAGAAUAAAUUCCGUACCUAGAUAGUGAUUGUUUAUAGUUUUACGAGCACUGUUUUAAGCAGUUCACGAUGGAUAAAUGGCUAAAACCUGGGAUUGCUAAGGGGAAACGUGGUGCUAGCUUUGUGGACAGUAAUGUUAAUACUUAUCAAUCUAAUCAAGCUUUUGACCAAGUCUCAUCUUCACCAGAAGGAGAGACAAUUGAAAAAAAAACGGAAAUUACCAGUGGUGCUAGUUGUUCAGUAAGAACUUAAUUCUAUUUUUUAUAAUUUAUUUCAAUUUGUUAAAGUUACACGUAUGUGUCCGCGCUUAUACGAACUGUUUUUUAUUGCAUUUUUUUUUCAGGGUAUUGGUACGGAAGACACUUUUGUUGAACAAAAUCAGCAAAACUCAGUGAUACCAUCUACUACCGACCAUACUGAACGUCAAGCGGGAAUAUCUUCAAAAAAGAGAAAAUAUGAUGAGUCCUAUCUGUCCUAUGGAUUUAUACCGAUAGGGAAUGCUGAAAAUCCUGAUGGAAAAUGUGUUGUUUGCAGCAAGAUUUUGUUGAAUAGCUCCCUGGCACCUGCAAAGCUUAAGCGUCACCUUGAUACUAAUCAUCCUCACCUCAAAAAUAAAAACAUUAGUUUUUUUGAAAGACAAAGAGAUGUACAUCAAGCAGGUGUGACCGCUUUACAAAAAUAUGCAAAAACUGAUAAUGAAAACGCCACGAAAGCCUCAUUCAUGCUAAGUUAUAAGAUUGCACGAGCUGGAAAACCUCACACAAUAGCCGAGGAUUUUUUGAAACCAUGCAUGACUGAAGUUGUUGCCUGCUUGCUUGGAGAGGAUUCAGCUAAGAAAGUGGCAACGGUACAGUGUUCGAACAACAUCGUAUCUGACCGUAUUCAUAAGAUUUCAGACCACAUUGAAGAUGAAUUGAUUGAUAGAUUGAAAGAGAGCAAUGCAUUUGCAAUGCAACUGGACGAAAGUACGGAUGUUGCCGGACUAGCAAUACUGCUAGUUUUUGUCAGAUAUCCAUACAGAGAAUCUAUCGAAGAAGAUUUGUUUCUCUGUGCUCCUUUGGAGGCCAAUACAACUGGAGAAGAAAUUUUUAAAGUUAUUGAUGAAUACAUGAAAAAAAACAAAAUUGAUUGGAAUAAAUGUAUUGAUGUAUGCAGCGAUGGAGCUGCAGCCAUGAUUGGUAAAGUAAAAGGAACAGUGUCAAGAAUUAAAACUGUUGCGCAAAAUUGUACUAGCAGUCAUUGUAUUUUACAUCGUCAUGCUCUUGCCGUGAAAAGAGUGCCAUCUGAUUUAAAACAAGUCCUUGAUCAAGCCGUACAAAUCGUCAAUUUUGUGAAAACACGUCCACUGCAGUCAAGGCUAUUCAAAAAAACGUGUGAAGACAUGAAAAGUCAGCAUCAAUCACUCCUUCUACACACGGAAGUGAGGUGGCUUUCCAGAGGAAGGGUUUUAAACAGAUUAUAUGAAUUGCGCGAUGAACUGAAAGUUUUCUUACAGACCCUUCCUUCGCCUGCAAGUGCUAGCUAUCUUGAACUGUUACGAGACGAGCGAUGGUUGAUGAGAUUGGCUUAUUUGGCUGACAUAUUUGAUAAACUGAACACAGUGAGCAGCUCUUUGCAGGGAAGAAUGAUAACCAUAUUUACAGUGAGUGACAAAGUAUCUUCAUUGAAAGAGAAAAUCGCCUUGUGGAUUGAAUGUCUUGGACAAAAAAGGUAUGAGUGUUUUCCACUACUUGAGCAAUUUCUCAAAAAAUAUAAUCAUCUUCAAAUCGCUACAGACGUAGAGAUAAGUAUACGUGAACAUUUGACAAACCUAAAAACAUCUUUGGAGGAAUAUUUUCCAGAAGAAAAGCUUCGGUUACGGGAAAUCGAAUGGGUCCGAAAUCCAUUUAGGAUUAGUACCAAACCUUUAACACUGACUGUAUUGGAAUAUGAAAAUUUAAUUGAUAUUAAAAAUUCAUCCACACUCCAACAACUUUUCGAAUCUGAAGCUAUCAUGAACCCGAGUCAAUUUUGGAUUGGCCUGAAAAACGAAUACCCGGGCAUUGCUGAAAAAGCUAUCAUAGCAUUACUCCCAUUUGUGACAACUUACAGAUGCGAGGCUGGGUUUUCAGCGUACGCCUACACGAAAAAUAAGUUUAGGAGUAGGUUGAAUGCUGCACCAGACCUCCGCAUCCAAUUGUCGGACAUAAAACCUGACUUCGAUGUAAUUUUAAGGAAAACUAUGAAGAGAUUUCAUUCAUCACAUUAAAAUUUUUGUAAUUACCUUUUCUUCUAACUAAGUAAAUAUUUUUAUCUUAAAAAGUCUUUCUCUUAACAUCAAACU